AUGGUUGAAAAUAAACCAACUGCGGGAAUAGGUAUUGAUUUGGGAUCUUCUUCUGUCAGAGUAAGCCUUUUUAAUUUUCAAAAUGAUCAGAUAAUAGCCUAUAAAAUUAAGACAGUGCCCUACUACUUCACUCCAGAAUCUACAAAUUGGAAAUAUACACAGAGUUCUCGAGAAAUACUCACAGCUAUAGACCAAUGCUUCCAAGAACUAAAUAUUGACAAACAUGAGAUCAAAAGCUGCGGAGUAGGAGCUACAUGUUCUCUAGCUAUUUUCCAAACAAAAGAUAAUGCAUUAAUACCAUGGAAUUUGGAUGAUCCUGAUAAAAAUGUGGUCUUUUGGAUGGAUUCAAUUGCAAUCAAAGAGACUCAAGAGGUUAACAAACUUGCUACGCCUGAAGUACAAGCUCAUAUGGGUGGAAGCUUUGUUCCAGAGAUGGCCGUACCCAAAUUAAGACAUUUUAUUGAUAUUCUCAAAAAUACUGAUAACAAUUCCACAUUUGAAAUUAUUGACUUGCACAGGUACAUUGCAAUGAGUCUUGCACAACAAAAUGGCUGGGAUUAUACAAAUGUCUGCAAUUUUCCGAAUUUGAAUGAAAUAGGCCAUGAUGGUGAAUUAGCUGGUUGGUCAUCAGCAUUCUACGAAAACGUCUUACAACUCCCUCCAAAUAUUGUAAUAGGACCAACAAAACAUUCUCAACACUCUAGCAAACAAGGCCUUAAAGUUUCUUCAUGCAUUGACUGUUAUUCAAAUUGGUUUGCGCUUCUACCAUCAAAUUUACAAAAUUCACUAUUCAUCGUUGGGGGAACUUCAACAUGCUACCUCUAUGCUUCUUCUGAAUUUAGUCACCAUAUUCCAGGUGUUUGGGGUCCAUUUUCCAAUAUAUUCGAUCGUUCUGACCAAUUUUCUAUCUAUGAGGCUGGUCAAUCAUGCACAGGAAAAUUGAUCGAACAUCUUUUCAAAACACAUCCAGCUUCCUCCCAUAUCGAUACCAGAGAUUGGCCCCAUCUUUUUAGCCAAAUAAAUGAUUUUAUUGAAAAGGUUGAACAAAAUACCCAGGAUUCAAUCCAUAUGCAAACGAAACACAUGUUUUUCUAUGGUGACCUAGACGGUAAUAGAACCCCCUAUGCAGAUCCAUCAAUGUCUGGUAUGUUCAUUGGAGAAACUACAGACACUUCUUUCAGAAACUUGGUAUACAAAUACGUUUCUAUUUUGGAGUUCAUUGCAUUCCAGAUCAAACAUAUGCUUGCUAUAUUUAAUACUUUGAAUGGGGAUGAAGAUAUCAGCAAUCUUCAAUUUUGUGGGAGUCUAGCCAAAAAUAAGAGGCUUUUGAACUUACUCGCCCUAUUAAAUCCAAGAUUAAGAAUUGCAAUGCCUGAAAUGGACGUCGCACUCAUGGGCGCUUACGGGUCCUAUCUGAUGGGAAAAGCUUCAACUUCGGAUAAGUCGAUUGUUGAAGUAGCACACAAUCAGACCUACUCUUACAGGCCUCCGGAGAAAACUGAUGGUCUACUUGUAGAACUUCUGGAGGUCAAAUACCAAAUAUAUUUCAACAUGGCGGAACAACAAAGAAAGUACCGCAAACAAGUAAACAAUGUCAUAGAAAAUCGAACAAAACUGGAUAAAAAUUAA